AUGGCGAUUGAUGUUUCUGCAUUGUCUGAUGCCGAAUUGCGUUCCGAGCUAAUUUCGCGCGGGAUGAAAAUCGGUCCGGUUACUGGAACAACUCGAGCACUUUUCGAGAAGAAAUUGAAGGGACUUCUUGAAAAUAAAACAAAAGCAACACCAGCGAAAUCAACUCCAGCGAAACCGACUCCAACAAAAACUGCUGUUGUUAAACCAAACACAUCUGUCACUAAGAAAUCACCAUCUCCAGCAAGAUCUGCGAAAAAUGUCACAACAACAUCAUCGACAAGAAGAAGUAUUGUACAAACUGCGAAUAAAUCGCAAAUUGAGGAAGAAGAAUCGGAUGAUGAUAUUGAAGAAUUUAUUCCAGUUGUCACAAAAACUACUUUGAAAUCUCCAGGAAGACCGAAAUUGAACGAUUCGAUUUCUUCUGUCAAAUCAAGCACUGUGAAAACACCAAAUUACACCAAAAGAAUUUCAUCUUUUGAUGAAGCGAUCCACGUGCCAAAUUUGAUAACAUCAUUUGAACCAGAUUAUUCAAUCACAGAUCGCCCUGGUUUGACACCACCGAGAGCUUCAAAAGCACCAAGUUCAACACUCCGGCAAUCAUCUAUCAGAACUACAACAACAACAACUCCAAGACUUUUCAGUUAGUUUUUUUUUUCAAAGUCGAGAUUCAUGAAUUAAUGUGUGAAUAUUUUGUAGAAUCGAAUUUCAACGAUCUUGGCGCAACAACAGGUGAAGAAGAUAAUGAAGACGAUGAUGACGGUCUCGAAUCAAGUCGAGUUGUUUAUUCCUCAAAGAAUUCAAAUUCCGGAGGACGUGGAUUGGUUGGCAGAGCUUGGGAUAAAGUUCUCGGAUAUGAUGUGAGUUUUGAGUUUUCAAAAGAUUUCCUAACAAAAAAUGGAAAAAUUCACCUAGAAAGUGCAAGUUUUCAAAAACCAAUUUUCAGUUCAAAGCAUCUCCAUCGGUUGGUAAAAGUUAUGAUUUCCGUGCUGGAAACACUCGAACUCGCGUUGUCCGCGAUAAGAGGACUGGAAAACUGGUGGUUGAACAAACCAGCGUUUUCGGGUAUGUUUUUCAAAAUGCUUUUAAAAGAAUCUCUUAUAAAUGUUCCAAAUCCUAAAAAGUUUCAGAGAGGCACUCAAUUUGGCAUUGUAUGUCCUCGUCAUUUUGUUUGUUGUCCUUUCGAUCGGAUAUUUUAUCAGCAGCACUGAUAAAUCGACAGUUACUGGAACUGUUUCGCUUUUGACUAGUGAGUUUAUCAUUUUAAAAAUUUCGGAAGAAAAAUUGUAACAGAAUGUCAUUUUCAGAGUCAAUCCGUGAUUCGAUCAACUUUGUUUAUCGUUAUGCCAUUGUUCCAGUUGUCACAAUUCUUGCUAGUGAGUUUUACAAACAAACAAAGACAUUUUUCUGAAAUUCAGAAAAUUGAGAUUUAGAAAAAUAAAUAAAUUUUCAAACUAAAGUUGAAUUUAUAAUUUCACAACAAAAAAGCUUCAGAACUCUAAUUCACCUCCAUUUUUUCAGUUGCUGUAAUUGGUGCUGGAUCAUAUUAUGGCCACAAGAAAUACAAAGAAACAGUCGAUCGCGAAGAAGCUGCCACAUUUGAUCUGAUCGAGAAAAUCAUUGAAUUGAUUCGCGAAGCCGCUGUCGAAGGUGAAGCUUACGUCUCCCAACCACACAUUCGUGAUGUUAUUUUCCCACCAGCAAAACGUCGCGGUGCUGAAUUAUCGCGUUGGGAACGCGCCGUCGCAUUCAUUGAUGCCAACGAAUCGCGUGUCGCAACUGAAAUCCGUGUUUUGCCAUCCGGAAACGAAUGCGCAAUCUGGAGAUGGAUUGGACACACUCAAAACAAAAGAAAUUGGUAA